CCGCACUGCUAACUAGUUUUCACAGGAGGUCCCAACUACGCCCGGUGCUACUGCGCGCUCUGCUGACGCAACCACGUCGCUGUGGCUCAAUGCGAUGGCGGACCGCAAUGUCCCCAGACCUGCCCAGGGAGGGACGGAGCAAAGUCACUAAGCCACUCUCAAAGGCUCCGUUGAAACCGCCGUCCGACCACCUGUUAAAAGAGAAGCCCGCUGCCCUAGCCGUCCCUCCCGUGAUAUAGUAUGUGGGACGGGAUCCGCUCGGAGUGCACUGACCGGGACGAGCCAGAAGUGGAGUGAAGAGGAGCGGAGUGCGCCGGGCUGACGCACCGCAUGUUGAGCCAGCAAGUUCACUGAAAUAACAAAAGUCGCGUCGACGAGGAAGGGGGACAGCCGAUCUCGGAUUUUAACGGAGGUUUGAGGGGACAGUUGUUCCGGCAAAAUGAAAUUCGCGGAGCAUCUUUCGUCCCACAUCACUCCAGAGUGGAGGAAACAGUAUCUUCAGUAUGAGGCGUUCAAGGAGAUGCUGUAUGCUGCCCAGGACCAAGCCCCAUCCAUAGAAGUCACAGAUGAAGACACCGUGAAGAGAUACUAUGCUAAGUUUGAGGAAAGGUUUUUCCAGACCUGCGAGAAGGAGCUGCUGAAAAUCAACACAUUCUAUUCAGAAAAGCUUGCUGAAGCCCAGAGACGUUUUGCCACACUGCAGAAUGAGCUGCAGUCUUCACUGGACGCUCAGCGUGAGAGCAACGCUCCGCCCGGCCUGCGAAAACGCAAGACAAUGUUCCACCUGUCCCAGGAGGAGCGCUGCAAACACCACAACAUCAAGGACCUGAAGCUAGCCUUCAGCGAGUUCUACCUCAGCCUCAUCCUGCUCCAGAACUACCAGAACCUGAACUUCACUGGUUUCCGUAAGAUCCUGAAGAAGCAUGACAAGAUCCUGGACACUUCUCGCGGGGCAGACUGGCGUGUGGCUCACGUGGAGGUGGCACCUUUCUACACCUGCAAGAAGAUCACACAGCUUAUCUCAGAGACAGAGACCCUCGUCACCACAGAGCUGGAGGGAGGAGAUCGUCAGAAGGCCAUGAAGAGGUUGAGAGUUCCUCCACUGGGGGCAGCUCAGCCUGCUUUGGCCUGGACAACCUUUCGUGUCGGUCUCUACUGCGGCUUCUUUAUUAUUCUCGCCAUCUCCUUCAUUCUCACUGGUGCUGUGUUCAUCCGCUUCGAGAAUGUGUGGCCACUGGUGCGGAUCUAUCGGGGCGGUUUCCUGUUGAUCCAGUUCCUCUUCCUGUUGGGCAUCAACACAUACGGAUGGAGACAGGCCGGAGUCAACCAUGUCCUCAUCUUUGAGAUCAACCCCCGAAACAACCUCUCACACCAACACCUGUUUGAGAUUGCUGGUUUCCUGGGUGUGUUGUGGUGUCUCAGCAUCCUCUCCUGUCUCUACUCAGAGUACACCUACAUCCCCAUGCAGAUCAACCCGCUCAUCCUCUAUGGCUUCAUGGUGCUCUUCCUCCUCAACCCCUUCAAGACCUGCUACUACAAAUCACGUUUCUGGCUUCUCAAGCUUCUGUUUCGCGUGUUCACCGCACCGUUUCACCGGGUGGAGUUUGCAGACUUCUGGCUGGCUGAUCAGCUCAACUCGCUGGUGUUUGUUCUGAUGGAUCUGGAGUAUCUGAUCUGCUUCUACAUCUUUGAGCUGCAGUGGAGCAACAGCAAGGGCCUGCUGCCCAAGUUUAAAGACCCUAAUGACUACGUAUGCCACAGCUACUCAUACGGUCUGCGUGCCAUCAUUCAGUGUCUGCCCGCCUGGUUCCGUUUCAUCCAAUGCCUGAGGCGUUACCGUGACACCAAGAGGGCCUUCCCUCACCUGGUGAACGCUGGGAAAUAUUCUACCACCUUCUUUGUUGUCACAUUCGCUGCGCUCUACGCCACACACAGAGAGCAAGGACAUACAGACGCCGACAUGUUCUUCUACCUGCUGAUCGUGUUCUCCGCUAUCAGCUCGCUGUACACACUGAUCUGGGAUCUGCGCAUGGACUGGGGCCUGUUUGACCGCGGAGCUGGAGAAAACACCUUCCUCAGAGAAGAAAUUGUUUAUCCACACAAGGCCUACUACUACUGUGCCAUUAUAGAAGAUGUGAUCCUGCGUUUUGCCUGGACGAUCCAGAUCUCUCUGAUCACAAUGACCAAGAUCCACUCUGUGGGCGACAUCGUAGCCACGGUGCUGGCUCCCCUCGAGGUCUUCAGGCGUUUUGUGUGGAACUUCUUCCGUCUGGAGAACGAGCACCUGAAUAACUGUGGUGAGUUUCGUGCUGUGAGGGAUAUCUCUGUGGCACCACUCAAUGCCGAUGACCAGACGCUGCUGGAGCAGAUGAUGGACCAGGAUGAUGGCGUGCGAAACCGCUCAGGCAAAAAGACCUGGAAGAGGUCCUACAGCCUGUCGCUCCGACGCCCCCUACUGUCCUCAUCACAAUCGAGAAAGGACACAAAGGUGCUAAUUGAAGACACGGAUGAUGAGGCUUUCAGCUGAGUCCACAACGUCAGCACGCACACACACAGAACAUACUAUACUUAUAAGGACCUCAUUCACUAACACCCAACCUCAACCCUUCUCCCUUAUAGAUAUAAGUGUAGUAACCUUCAGUCUAAACCUUUAAAGCAGUGAGGACCUCCGGCUGCAUUCACUUUGGACAAUUUACCUCAUAUACAUGUGAGUAUAUUUGGUCUUUAUAAGUAUAGAAACACACACAGACACGAUACACACUGUAAUGCAGAAACACAUAAAGAUAAACCUACUGAAGCACAAGAAUAGUAUAGUAUUGCUACUGUUGAGGAGAGCGCUAAUGCCACACACACACACACACACACACACACACACACACACACACACACACACACACACACACACACACACAGAUAGACACACAGACAGACAUCAGGGGAAAUCUUCUGCACGUUAAUGGAAACACAGACCACACUGCCCUGGGAUUAUUAUCCUCUUCUUUUUUUUAAAAGGAUUUCUUAUGUUGAGAUAUUUGUGUUUGUUUAGAUUUUUUCUUUACUUUUUUCUGGAUUUAUGACUGUUUACACAGCUUUUUAAAACUAAACUAGGAUUAACAGGGAGAAGCCAAUCAAAAGACUAAAUAAUAAUUAUAGGAACUUGAGGAAGGACUCUACACACAUCACAGCAUAUCAAAAACAAAUCAACUGGUUUCAGCUUGUUGAUUCUUUUUAUACUCCAACUUUUUUUUGUUUUGGUUGAGUUGUAAUAAUGUCAAUCACAGCCCUGGAGGCACUUGCAGGAAAAGUGCAUUUAAUACACAAAAAGAAAAAACCUACUUGUACACUAAAAGGGAUGUUUUGAUUUAAACAUUUCUAGUCUACGAAGUUGCUUUGUAAUAUAUUUCAUAUAUUUUGAUGUGCAUUAUUACUCUAUUGUAGUCGUUGAGUACUUCUACAUGUGUUGUUUAUACUAGUGAGACUAGUUUGAGCAUCUCCACGAUGAUUGUUGAUGUAUUUUAUAAUGUUUGGAAUGUUUUUUCUUGGUUGUGCCAUGUUUUUAAUAAGAUCAUAGUUAAGACACCCAACCUCGAGUUAGGGCAAACUGACUCGUGAAUCGUCAUGUCAUCUUAAAGUGCCCCGAUUAGCUACAUGCGUAUGUGCAUGGCUGUUCUUUGCAUUAACUACCAAAGCUUAAUUUUUAUGAAUGUGUCCGUGGCUACUUUAGCUCUGCCAACCCAACCUGUACAAAGCUUAUUUACAAAAGUGCAUAUUUCACUGGGCCGUUGUAGCCGGCUGGUUCUGUCUGUCUUGUUGGAAAUCUGAGUGAUAUGAGCAGAACUGUGUCAGGAACAGAGUGAUGUGACGCACCGCUUCAGAUGUUCAGCUGAAUCGUCUGUGAGUCAAGAACAGUGUUCAUACCGGUGGUUCUCAAAGCGGGAGUGGGACCAUACGGUGGGGGGAAAAAAUAUGGAGUAUGUUUAAAAAUUGAAUGACUCUGAUUCAUGAUGGUUACAAUAAUCAAACAAGAGUGCUGUGAUGCUAGCAAGGCCUUCAACAUUCAGGUCAACAAGAUUUAUUCACGCAGCAAAACACGACGUGUCAAGUACAAGCUGGCCUGUUGUUGUGCAUGAGAAAGAAAAGAGAGAGAAAAACAUGCACAGAAAGAAAAAGGCAGACCAUGUUCAAGAUGUUACUGGAGUGAAGUUCAAAUUGGCUCAUUUUGUUAAUAGUUUUAUUAACAUGAAGUGAAUUUAUUUCACCUUUGGAUGUGACAGAAGAAGUUUGAGAACCACCCGGUAUGUUGAAACACUUCAUAUUCUCACCAGACUCGAGUGCUGCUAGAAAUCCUGAGCUCCCUGACAAAAAGCUCAGCGCUGCCAGAUGAGGCGGUCUUUUAUUCAAUGGUUGCAGAUAAAAACGGUUUGUGCAGCUUGUGAUCAUUUGGGUUACUAUUUGGGUGGUUUCUUCUAACAAAAAGUUAAGCUAUAACCCAAUGAAUCAGCCUCUUUUGACUUGGUUCCCCUAAUUAUAAAACAGAAAAACCUCAACAAACAUCUGAAUUGGGCACGUUUGAGGCUCUGAUUGAGCUCCUUGGUUGGUAGUCAAAUAUAUUAUUAUAAUAAAAUAACAUUCAGGUCUCUUUAACAGUAAAUAUCUCUAACCUGUGACGUGUUUCACAGCUCCUGUAUCAGUCCGGUUUCACCACAUUCAGCGUUCAUGUUACCAGAUACAUGUUGUUUGUCUCUAAUGUUCAAUGUCGCCUCAUUUUAGCACUUUUAAAAAAAAUAAUUUCAGGUGUUUUUUAUUUGUUAAUCUAUUAAUCUUAGAUAAGUUAGUAACAAUCAGGAAAAAAAAUGUGCUGUACAUCUGACAUCCACUGUCUGCCUCUACGGCUUCUUUUAAACCAGCGGCUCACACUUUGACAGCUGUUUGGUUGUAAUUUGAAAUUGUGUCGCUGCUGUUGAAGGGCCCCCUCUGGUUUUCAGAGAAAAGGAUGCUAAAUCUAAUGCUGGUGUGUGUGUGUUUGACUUUCUCUUCCUGUUCGACCCCCACACUCUGCUCUCUGCUCUGCUGUUCCUCCCUGUGGCUACACCCCGUCACCACCAGCCAGUCAUGAGACAAAGCCCAGAGAGCUAUAUGACAAAAUGUGUUACACAAAGUCCUGUUUCUUCUACUUCUUGUUUUUCCCGUAGCGGCUAAAAAAGACUGAAAAGCUUCUGUGUGCGAUAAGGUUAAUGUGAACUUGGAAAGCUAGAAAUUUAAAACAAAUGUGUUGUACUUGUUAGAAUGUAGAAGACGGGUAGCUUCCCUAUCCAUUUAAAUACACUGGAUACAUGCCAUGUAAGUGUAUAGGGGCAUAAAACAUCUCACACACACACACACACACACACACACACACACACACACACACACACACAAAUCUCUCUCUCUCUCUCUCUCUCUCUCUCUCUCUCUCUCUCGUCGGAGAGCACAACACUACAGCAGAUAGUUUUGUAAAAAGGCUCUGUUGUCUUGCCUGCAUGCUGCUUUUGUUCUACAUUGUACAUAGACCUUAAUUUAUUUGACAUGAUGUGUAUAUUAGCGAUCAUUGGAGCCACCAUGACAAUGAUCGAUUUCAUACGUUGCCAUUUUUGCUCCGAGACAAACAGUAUUUUUUAGGUGAUGAGGAGCUUUUUAUUUUGUUUUCUUUGAUUGGUCACAAUCCUGCACUCUUUUUUCAUGUGUAAAUCUGUUUAAAAUGUGUUUGUAUAAAAAUAGGAAGAAAAAAAUCCAUAGAACUGGAGAAUGUGAUUGGUUGUAUCUCGUUGGUGAUUCCUUCUUCUUUCAAGGCUCCGUCAUCUCCGGGGGGUUUUUUUGCGUCCAGGGCUCAUGGAGGAGGUGGGGGAACAAAAAAAAAAAAAAAAAAGGGGGUGGAGGGGGGCAGAUUACUGUGUCCUGAAGCUGUAAUACUGUUUGUACAUUUGUGAAUGUGCAUGAAAAUAUUGUGGACGUUACAUCUGUUGUUAUAAACUGCCCUGCUGACAGAAGCACUUUGACAUACUGUAGGGCACAGGAACAGAGAGGACCCUCGCCAUAUAACUAAAUACUGUUCAACUGAUCCCAGAUCUGCCUGAGCUUCACUUUGAAUACCUCUCAAGCAGAUUUAGGAUCUUUUUUUAUUUGCUCGCUGAAAGCAUUUUUGACAUGCUUCGAAACAAAUGUUUAAGUGACCAGUGUCUGUUCGCAGAUGUUCAGUAACCCACUGACGAAAAAAAAAAAAACAGGGUUCUUUUUGUACAGUUUGUUUGACGAGACGAUGAAGGUGACAAAGCCCCGUUGUGACAUCCCAUUUUUGUCAUGGGUGUAAAAAUCGAAGAUGGUUUUGUUUUCACUGCUUGCUGAAACCCCCCAUGAUGUUAAAGUGCUCUACAUGUGUGCAUCCCUCGCCUACCUUCCUCCCCUCUCUCGAUGUUGUUUGUACCCUUUCUCUAAUCUAGCUGAAUGUGAUAGUACCUGUAGUUUGGUAGAUGAUGUUCUACUUUGAUGAGAUACAAAAAAAAAGAAUAAUAAUAGGAUAAAUACAUUGUGGUUAAAUGUGAUUUUAAGAGGCAUAAAGAAAGGAAAAUGUCUUGGAGUCUGAACCAUCCUCCCCCUCGAGUCCCUUUUACAGAGUAGUUUGUACAUGUCAAGUGUAUAACACCGUUCCAUGAUGGUUUUCCUGAUGGUAUUUGUAUUUCUGUAUACACUUUGGUGAUCCUGUCAUAUCUGGGUUUUAUAAACCACGAUUAUUUUUAAAACUC